AUGCCCAAUUGUUUGUAGUCAAAAGAAUUUCUAUUUUUGAAACUAAAAAAAAUAGAAUUUCCAUUUCUCGGACAUUCACUUGAGAGGUUAAUCAUCGAAAAGUUGCAGUCUGUUUCUUGGCGAAAACUGCUGCUUUUCUUGCGAUCAGUUCUCUAUUGAACUUUUGGAUCAUCAGUUUAGUGAAAUAGGAUUCCUGUUUGAUUGGAGUUUUGAGGAAAUGGCCUUGAGGCGAAGUUUGGGCGAUGAAUCUGGACAUCAAGUUUUUCUUAGUAUUGCUUCGGCUCUAGUUUCAGCAGUUCUUGAAUGGAUGCUCAUGUUUAUGAUUUUCGUUGAUGCUAGUUUUGCUUACUUGGUUACAAGAUUUGCCCGCCAUUACCAAUUGAGGACACCAUGUUUGUUGUGCUCGAGAUUGGAUCGUGUCUUAGGAGAUGAGGGAGCUGAUUUUCACUGGGAUUUGAUUUGCAAUGAGCACAAGUCUAAAAUCACCUCAUUAGUUCUUUGUCAACUUCAAAACAAUCAUGUUGAUGCACCGCCGUCCAUCGAUCAUAGUCAGAGUGGGGAUGUCGUGCAGGAGAUCACAGAGAAGUCGUCUCAGUUGGACCAAAUGCGGAGCAGGGAUGCUGAUCCGCUGCCCCAUGUAGAAUAUUCGCAGAUCAAGGAUGGUUCCUGUUCUGAGUCUGAAGGUCCAUAUUCAGACACUGAAAAUGCAAGUGAACGAAUUCAUGGAAUGGAGCCUUCAGACCAUGAAUCAGAGGCUAAGUUUGUCUCUGCUGAAGUUGCUCGUAGUCCUGCUUCGGAGAAAGUGAUACAUCUAGCUCCUUCCACCAAAUCAUCACUUUCUGAAUCGGAGAAGCCCACUAAAUCCCAUCAUAAUAUAGAUUCUGAGGAACCUAUCGGGCGUGGGUUGGAUGAACAAGGUGGCCAUGGUAAAGAUGUCGUUGGACUUACUGAUCUGGUUGAUUUUUCAUAUGCUCAUCCUUCUCCAAAUCAUGGGGCUCACUCUAUUGAUUCAAAGCAUACUAAUGAUGCUACGAGCACCUUCGAGUUGGAGAGAGAUGUUCAUGUUGAAUGUAGAGAAACUUCUACUCUAGGAAUCAACUCCACAGGCACAGACGAGUUAAGCAAAGAGGUUAACACAGAACGUCGAGAAAAUUCUAGUGUUGGAAGCAACUUGAUUCCACCCUUUGAAAGUCAAAUGGAUUUAAAAUCGAAUAAAACUGAGGCUAGUUCACAAAUGACAGGCCCUUUGGAUCUCGGUGAUGCUUAUAAAUUAGCUCUCGGAGCAAGAGGUAGACAGUUGUCUGGAAGAUUAGAACAACAACGGUCUAUAACGGAUAGAGUUAGCGAGGAUCUGAAGCUCUUGCUAUCACAAAUAUCUGCUGUUCGAGGUGUUGAUUUGUCCUCAAACGAUAUUACUCCUAAGGCAUCUGCAAAUGGCGAAGAUUUUAAAGCUGCGGAUGCCAUAGGUGCUCAAAUUUUUCAAAGAAAGAUUUCUCUUGAAAGGAAUGAGUCUAAUUUAUCUCUAGAUGGGAACAGUGUAUGUGAAGUCGAAGGCGAAAAUGAUGCAGAUAGAUUGAAACGACAGGUUGAGCAUGACAAGAAGAUACUGGCCACUUUGUACAAAGAAUUGGAGGAGGAGCGAAACGCCUCUGCCAUUGCAGCUAACCAAGCAAUGGCGAUGAUCACGAGAUUGCAAGAAGAGAAAGCAGCCUUCCAUAUGGAGGCACUUCAGUGUGUAAGAGUGUUGGAAGAACAAGCUGAGUAUGAUAGCGAGGCGCUGCAGAAAGCUAAUGAGCUCCUUGCUGAGAAUGAGAAACAGAUUCAACGUCUUCAGUUUGAGCUGGAAUCUUACAGAUAUCCGUUUGGGGAUGUACAUUCGUCAAAUAAUUUUGUUAACGAGAGACCUGAAUAUGAAUCAGACGAGUUGAAGGAGCAGACACUUGAGGCAGAUAACAGGGACACCAACGCCUUACAGAUAUCGCCGCGUCAGUUUGAAGAUGAAAAACAGUAUAUUUUAGAAUGUCUGAAAACAGUGGAAGAGAAACUCUUUAUGUUCACCAAACAUGAAGUCUACUCUGACACGAUUGUUCGAGGGUUUUCAACAGAGGAAUCACUCGAGGUUAAUACCUCUGACCAGCCUGAAUUAGCUGCAAGUUUUCAAGAGAACUGUGGGACAGAGCAGAAUCAUCUAAAAAGAGAUAAAGAUGUAUCUGGAUAUGAGCGCGCUCACCAAGAAAACGGAGAACAAAAUGUCGAGUUAUCAGCACUUAGACAAGAACUGGCUGUUAUAAACAACAGAUUACAAGCACUAGAGGCAGAACAAAAUGUUAUUGAGUGCUCAAUCAAUGCACUCGAUAAGGGAAGUGAAGGAUUUGUAUUUGUUCGAGAAAUAGCAACCCGUCUGCAUGAGUUGCAUUCAGCUCAUGUUAUGAAUAGGAAAGAAAACUCAGCAUGAUUCACGUCUUGGUGCAUCUAAGAUGCAUAAUGACCAAAGAUUAAGUCUUGAGACACAGGCGAGAGGCAUGCUGCAACGAAGAUCGAGUCUUGAGAGGCAGGCGAGUUUAUGGAUUUGUUAUGUAUAGUGUCAUCACUGCUUUUCCCUUCUUCCUUCAUAUAUAUAGGAUCUGUAUUUAUGGAAUUUUCAGUUUGCAGUUUUGGGAUCUGGUUUUUGAAUAGAUUUCCUUGUGUAAGUCCUAGUCUCAUAUUUGUGAAAAUUUCUCUGUUUUUUUUUUAUUGUGAUGAAUUUAACAAUGUAUAGGCAUUUGAAGUUGUGUUCUUGAAUUAUUUCGUAAACCUUUUUUAUUUCAUA